UCGCGUCCGCCCUUCGUCCUCCCGUAUCAGUCAAAUCGUUAAUUAGCUCUCCUUUGACGCUCCUAGGCGUGAAACAUGGCAGUGUGAAGGCUUGCGGCGGCGACUCUUGCGGCAACAAACCGGCAGUGCAACGGCGAACUGCACUGGCUAUUUCUGGCAAAAUGGCGUCUCUCUCGGCAACCACCCUCAGCUUUGCUGCCGUCGACAGCAGAACCGAUCCCCUCGACUUGAUAUCGUCACUGGACUCUCGCCUGUUCCUGUACGCCGGCUCACGGAUACCACUGACCAGCAGCAGCAGCGAUGACACUCUCCCAGCUGGCCUUGGAGGACGUGGAGGCCCUGUGCUUCGGGCACUCGUUUCUGAUGGCUGACCCCAUGGGGCCCCUUCUGGACCAAGAUGAAGAAGAAGCUCUUUCUCCCUCCUCCUCUCUAGAGGGGAAGGCGCCAGCGUCGCCCCCCCUCUCCUCUUUCUCCUCCUCCUCCAGUGCAUCGUCCCUGUCUCCUUAUCAGACCGUGUCGUUCUCUCCGCUCUCCUCCACCUCGCCGCCUCCCUCUCCCCCUCCCACCCAGUCCUCCUCCUUCCUGGGAACCAAGGCCAGAGCCGACCUGCAGUCUCUCCCCUGGCUGGUGGCCGGCGACCUGCUCAACUCCGGCGUCGGAGCAGACGAUAGCAAAGCAGAUGAUGCGUUCGAUGGCAUGGACUGGAUGUCGGAAAAAAUUGACCUGAGUGAAUUUGACCUGGAGUCUCUGAUCGGCUCCUGCUCGUCCGACGAGUCCCCCGACUCCCCCGAGGACCUCCUGGCCUCCUUCGACUCCCACAUGGGUCUGGAGCUGGAGCCCUUCGCCCCCGGAGGCCUGGAGCUGGGCCUGCCGCUGCCCGGCGUCCCGCCCCUCCCCCUGGAGCCCGUGAAGAGCGAGCCGCUCUCCCCGGCCCCCUCCUCCUGCCCCCCCUCCUCCCCGGUGUACACGCUGGAGCUGGGCAGCGAGGUGGACGUCCUGGACGCCGAGAAAACCACCCCGUCCGUUGCCGCCGCCUUCCUCCCAGACGCCAGCGGAGGCCCGGAGCCGCCCGUGGCCCCCAUCGUGCUCUCCAUCCCCUCCUCCGGUCACUUAGUGGUGGUGCUCUCCAACAAAGAGGGUCCGUCGCCGCCGCCCCUCCCCGACCAGACCCCGAAGACCUCCGCCUCCAGCGACUGCGACAGCGACUCCGGCAUCGAGUCGGCCGCAGGCUCCCCGCCCCGCCAGGCCUCUCCUCCGCCCCCCCGGCCCACGGCCGGUUCCUCCAGGACCAAGCCCUACGUCAAGCCGGAGCCCGCCGCCGCGCCCUCCCCCAAGACCCCCAAGGUCAAGUCUGUGUCCGGGGCCCCCAAGGUGGUGGAGAAGAAACUGAAGAAGAUGGAGCAGAACAAGACGGCCGCCACGCGCUACCGGCAGAAGAAGAGGGUGGAGCAGGAGCUGCUGCUCACCGAGUGCGAGGAGCUGGAGAAGAGGAACCGCGAGCUGGCCGAGAAGGCCGAGUCCAUCAGCCGAGAGAUCCAGUACCUCAAGGACCUGAUGGAGGAGGUCCGCAAGCACCGGCGCGGGAAGACCGGCUCCGUGGCGUAGACAGGAAGCGCCCCGCCAGGGCGCACCGUAGGUAGUGUGUAGAUGGUGUGAGGGUGGAUGAAUGAGUGGCGUCGCCGUGCGGGCCGGCGGGCUGGGAGGUCGUCAGGUGAAGCAUCUGUACAUGCUUGUCUCUCAGCCCCCGGUCGGGUCCCCGGUCGGAUCCCCGUGCCGUCCUCCUUGCAGACUAGGCAUGCAGAAAACUAGAAUCAGCUUCACCCCGAGUCGUGUGGUAGGAACCCAUGAGCAGAGCGUUCAACUCCCACAUCUGUCCCCGAAAGAUUAGUCUGUCCUCCGUCACCCCGCUGACACCCCCCCCCCCCCCCCCCAGCUUCACCCCGUCCUCAACUUCUUCCAACAGCUUCAAGUCCAGAAAGGGGCCUCAGCCUAUUUAUGAAAUCGAUGUCACACUGUCAACAUUUUGUGUACAUAGUUUUCUCCGUUUGCUCGCUGACUGUGGCUUUUCUUAUUUAUCGCUGGAUGAAACUCCCAUCACUCUGCAGCAGCUCUCUCUCUCUCUCUCUUAGCUCCGCUGUUCGGCCUGUACAAAUGCUUUGCUUUUUCUUUUUUCUAAUAAAUGUCUGCGAGAACUUGA